AUGAGCUCCAUGCAGUCAAACUCCUCUGCAAAUGUGACCUUUGUUCGUCCUGCUACAUUUUUCCUCAGUGGCUUUUCUAAUAUCCCAUAUGUGAAAUACUACUAUGUCUUCUUGUCCUUAGUGUAUGUUGUGACUGUUUUAGGGAAUUCAUUUAUCAUGUGUAUCAUUUAUUUGGUCCGUAGGCUUCACUCAGCCAAAUACAUUGCUGUUUUUCAUCUGGCCCUUUCUGAUCUGUGUGGAAGCUCGGCUUUGAUUCCAAAAGUCAUGGACACAUUUUUAUUUGACCACCAGGUUGUUUCAUAUGAAGCAUGUUUGGCAAAUAUGUUUUUUGUAUUUCAUUUCAUGAAUCUGCAGUCUUUGACACUACUUGUAUUGGCUUAUGACAGACUGGUUGCUAUUUGUUUUCCUCUACGGUAUCAUGUCAUUGUAACCAAACCAGCUAUGUUUCUGAUCAUAGGGGUGAUGUGGAUUUUUUCUAUGAUAUUUUUUUCUGUAUUUGUAGGUUUGGUGAAUAGACUCUCCUUUUGUGGAUCUAAUGUGCUUAAUAGUUAUUUUUGUGAUCAUCGCCCUGUCUAUAGACUAGCAUGUAAUGAUAAUUCUAUGAAUAUUUUGAUGGGAACAAUUAGCUUUGGUCUCCUGAUUUGCACACCACUCAUACUGAUAAUCAUCACAUAUUUCUGCAUUGCUCUGGCUUUGCUUAAGAUUGCUCAUGGUGCUGACCGAAUCAAAGCCAUGAAAACCUGCACCUCACAUCUCAUGUUGGUGGCAAUCAUUUAUCUCCCAUUAAUAAGCAAUAAUAUUGCAUCUAUAACAACAUAUUCUUAUCUGAACACCGGGAUGAUUAACACUUCCCUGACACAGACAAUACCUCCUAUGCUGAAUCCAAUCAUUUACACUCUAAAGACAGAGGAGGUCAUGCAAUCCAUAAAAGAACUGUACAAGCGACGCACAGUGAACACUAUAAUAGAAAAAGGAAUGAAAUGCAGGUGUAAUAAAAAAUAA